AUAAGUCUCUUCUGUCAGUUUACAACAUAAUUUUAACCUGGUUGAGUUGUUAGAACUUUUUAAAGAAUUCUUUUAAAAAUUUCAAAUUUUUUCAAGUUUUUACAGCAGUUAGCGGUAGUCUUUACAUUUUCCCACCAUUUGGCAACACCGCGGAAGAACGAUAAAAUUUCCCCAAGCUCGAUUAAUUUCCCUCCCUCUCGGCGAGCUUAUCGGAUGAACGCCGCUUUUUGCAAGUGAACAUCUUUUUACUUGUCUGUUUUGGAGCAGUUCGCCGGCGAUACAAUCGCCGAUCUCUUCUGACCAAAGGUGCACUGGUGCGUCAUGCAGAUGUGGAGGUUCAUUGGCUGCCUACUGGUCCUGCUGCUGGCGGGAAAGACCGUCGGCUACGACAAGGAGAUGACCAUUUAUGUGGAUGCCGGUCGGAUCGAGUGCCUCUAUCAUCCGGUGCGUCAGGGCGAAACUAUCGAUUUUGAAUACCAGGUGAUCGAUGGCGGUCACGGCGAUCUGGACAUUAGCUUCACCAUGAUGGAUCCCAUCGGUCUGGUAAUUGUUAGCGAUUACAAGAAGCCGGAGAACAUCCAUCGCCACGAGGUGACCAAGGAGGGUGGCGAUUAUCGGUUCUGUUUCGACAACUCCUUCAGUAUGUUCAACCGGAAGACGGUCUUCUUCGAACUGAUCGUGGAGCGGGAAGGCGACGAACACCUGGGCGAUACUCAAUGGAACGAAGUGGACGAACUGGCUGGCCUCUCUCGCGAGGAGUACUACGACAUGAAGGUGCAGGACAUCAUGGACUUCAUUGGACGCAUUCGUCUCCAGUUGACCAAAGUCCGCCAGCUGCAGGAUGUGUUGCGGUCGCAUGAGGCCAGGGAUCGGAAUCUGGCGGAGACCAACUUCCAAAUGGUCAAUAACUGGUCGAUGCUUCAAAUAACGGCCAUGAUCGGUGUCGGUCUGCUGCAGGUGUUCAUGCUGCGUAGCAUCUUUGCCACGGAUGGCAGGAUGCAUCAUAUGUGGCGCAAGCUGGGCAUUUGAUGGGGAUCUCCAUCCCGAUAGCCGAUAGCUGAAAGCCUCUACCAAAGAUGUCGUUGCCGGGAGCAUUUAUCACACCACCGUCACUGGAGGAAUCCUAUAUCCUAUUCUAGUUAAAUCCUAAACGAAAACGCCUCUUCGACCCACAACACUUGCCAUCAACCUUAGUCAUUAAUUCUAUAUAUAAUCCGUUUAUAUAUAUAUAUAUACAUAUAGCGUAGGCCCUCCUCCUCGAUUCAUAUUUAUUCUAAAUGGUGUGUUUGGAAAAUAGCGCUGUGUGUGCGUGCGUAUGUGUGUGGUUGUGUGUUACAACAAAAACAGAAACAGAAUCAGAAUUAGAAACCGAAAAGCAAUUGUUCGAUAUUAAAUUUAAAAAAAGAAAAGAAAAAUGUAAAAAAUAUAACUUGUUAUCUAAUUCUUAGAUGGAAGGUAUUAAGUCUUCAAUAUAAAUAUUGAUAGUUUUCAACUGAUAA